AUGGAUGAUCCUCAAACAACUGUUGAUCCAAUAACCACAACUAAUGAAGAAAAAGUCUCACAGCCUAUAAUGAAGAUUCAGAAUACUAAUCUUCUAUUGUUUCCAAUGAUUGAUCCGCAAUCUGUUCAAGAACCAGAAAUCGAAACUACUGAGGAAACGCACGUCGACUCUUCACAUACUCAUUCUUCUCCGAAGGGUAUCAAGAAGAUUCGAAAGCCUCAGUUCAACAAGAGAGGUGUCUCUUUUAGAGAAUUAACUUUUUCUGUCUCACCUGCCUCAAAGAAGCGUCAAGCCAUGGAUAUGGCUCAGAAGUUGUAA